AUGAGAAGGGGGGACGGCGUUGCAACAGUGAUGAGAGAGGCAGAGAAAGAACUGAACACAGAUGAAUUAAUCAGCAGAAGAAAUGACAUCUCACUGCAGGGCAUAGUGACUACUGCCGCGGCUGUAAGAGAAGUAGAAGAAGAAGAAGAAGAUGUGGCAAUGAAAGCAGUGCUUUCACAGCUCAGUGACACUGCUGUCUCUGCCUUCAAUCUGGCUUUCUUGACAGUCACAGAGACUGCUGCUGCAUCAUGA